AUGCCUCCAAAGAAGGGUGGUGGGGCUGCGAAAGGAGCUAAGGCAUCAGCAAGCGCUAGUAAAGAUCAGGGCAAGAAAGAAGCGAAAGGAGGUACAGCGGUCAAAGUAAGACAUAUACUUUGUGAGAAACAGGGAAAAGCACUUGAAGCGAUUGAGAAGUUGAAAUCAGGACAGAAAUUCAACGAGGUUGCGGCGACAUACAGUGAGGAUAAGGCUAGAUCUGGGGGUGACCUGGGUUGGAUGACUCGUGGCUCUAUGGUUGGUGCAUUUCAAGAUGCGGCGUUUGCGUUGCCGAAUAGCACCGUCGAUAAACCCAUCUAUACGGAUCCGCCUGUGAAGACUCAAUUCGGUUAUCAUGUGAUUAUGGUUGAGGGCAAGAAAUGA